AUGCCGACAAACAAAACCAGCGACAACGGAUUACGCAUUGAACCGGUCACUCAAGCCCAGGAUAUAAUCGAUGCCUUUGAGGGCGUAUCCGAGGCCUUUGGUCGCCAGGCGCAAGAUGGUGUCUGGAUAGCCAUGACACCGGGGUGGGAUACACCCGAAGGUCGAAGCCUCGGAGCCGCCCGGAUGGUGACCCGCUGGCGCGGGAUCACCCAAGACAUGAGCGGCAAGCCAAGCACCGUUUUUCUGAAAGCCACACUACCUUCCCCGGACGAUGGAGGGAAGCGCAUAAUUGUUGGCUGCGCAAUCUGGGUUCAGGGUUCCAGUGUAGCGGGCUACGGUGAACCAGCCGUCAAAGAGGAGGAUCUUUGCGACGCCAUGAAUCUCGAGGAGAUUUACCCGGGCAAUAAAUCUGAGCAGCGCUACUGUUGCCAAGUUGUUGCCUCUAUGCAUAAGCAGCGCGGUGAGGUCCUUGAAGAAAAAGCGACCGAGGAUCCGCCGGCGGUUAUGAUCCUCGACUUGUGUGCUGUUCAUCCGGCGCACCAGCGCAAAGGCAUUGCGAGAGCGCUAGUGCAAUGGGGCUUGGAUGAAGCUCGACAACGUGGUGAUCUGGAAUUGAUUCUCGAGGCGUCUGCUAUGGGACGUCAUGUGUAUGGACAGAUGGGAUUUGUGCAGGAAGGACCGGAGAUUGAGUAUGUUGUUGACGACGAGUUCGCAUCCCGCAGCAGACCUUCCAAUAUCUUCAUGCGCACCCGCGGCUCUGUAUAG